AUGACACAUCGUCUUGUUCUCCCAUUACCUCAUGCCUUUUCUUCUCCUACUACCACUACUACUAGCAACAACAAUAGUGGUAAGAAGAAUGAGAAUAGCGGCAAUAGCAGCCCUCUGACUGGAGAAUAUACCACUUUUACACAUGAAAACUCCUGCGUAGAAGGACUCCAUCCACAACUCCAGGCUUACAUUCAGCGAUUGGGCAGUUUUCUCCGCAAAACACGUCUUAUUCAAUACCAUCCGGAUAACUUUUUUCACUUUCUCCUCAAUAAAGAUACAAACGCCAAUGGAGAGCGUAUACCACUUCUCCAUCUUGAUGGCACUGUAGUUCAGGAUGAAGAAGUAGAAUACAUGCGGGAUCUCUGCAAUGCCCUCGCUGAACUGAUACCGAAUGAAGAUGCACUUAUGGAUCAAUUACAUCUUCUUAUUCGUAAUGGUCCACCAGCGGGGGCGGCAUCAUGUUUACAAUCCUUCUUUAAAGAAACCAAAGCUCUACAGUUAAACCGCCGACCUCGGCCAAAGAAUGAUAGUGCCAGUGAAACUUUACGUGUGGAAGAAGACGGACCACCGCCGUCUGUUGAUGUGAUGGAAGAACAACGACGACGACGAGUGAUGGAUGCGGUGCGUUGUCACGGCAUGGGGCCGAAGAAACAACACGAAGUAACAGUGAUGCGAGAGACGAUGUUGGAUCUUGUGAAUUGUUGUAAUGGCGGUGAUUCAUCUCUGGAGCCGGUGAAUACCGUUUUGAAUAUUGGCGAGGGUAAAGGAUACGUCUCUCGUGCCUUGGCCCUCUCUGAUGGUCUGCAGGUGAUUGGACUGGACUGCAAUCCAUCGCAUAAGGAACGGGCCGCGGAGCGUGUGGAGUUUCUCUUGCAUGGUCGACUUUCACUCGAUGGUGUGCAGAGUGAAGGGCGGGGACGUGAUAUUCUCAACUUGAUGUAUGAACCGCGUGGACACAUGGCGAGUAUUGCCUGUCGUGUUAAUUGUGGAAAUAUGAACUGGGCGGAUAUAUUGCGGGGUCAUGUGCGUAUAUGUGAUUCCACAUCUCUAUCUACAUCUACAUUGGAUGUGAGGGCUGUAGUUUCUCCUAUGCAAGUAGGUGAAGUACAAAAGGAGGCGGGGAUGAAGUUACAAUGUCUUGUCUGUCAACAUAUUAUACGGCGAGAUGCGACGGCUGUGAUGAUGCGGCACACACUGCGACACCUGCACGCUAAUGAGACUCUUCACACAGCCGGACUUCCAUUAAAGGAAGUUGUGGAUGAGUGGAACUGUAAACUCUCUGUAGAGGCCUUCACAGAGUGUAUAAUGACAACAUUCUUUACGGAUAAAGUGGUAUAUGAACAGGAGACGGGUAUGGAUACGUUUAAAAUAACGAAACGACUGCGUGGCCAGAGAGAUGGAACCAUUUCCUCCGCCAAUGGCAAUGAUGAUGAGGAUGAUCAAGGAGAAAAAGAAGAAAAAGAACGUACACAUAAUAAUAAUAAUAAUAAUAAUAAUAAUAAUAAUAAUAAUAAUAAUAAUAAUAAUGAGGUUGUAUGUAGUAAAAUAGGUGAAAUACUCACAAAAUAUGAAAUGUUCACCAGUACCAGACUUCCUCGGGGAAUACGAGCAGAGGUGCUUAUUCCUCUUCGACAAGAUACAGAAAAACAGGAUGACAAUGAGGAGAAUAUGUUAGUAAAAGAGAAUGAGAAGAAUAUAACUGAUAUAAAUUACGUAUAUAUUAAAACGUGCCUUACCGUUAUUGGUUAUGAUUGUGCCCCUAAUCGUCACUUUGUUAUCCUAGAUGAUGGAAGACAUAAAGAAGCCUUUACACUACUCCAACACCGAGAUGAUGGUAUAUCACUGGAAGAAAAAAGUAUAGAAGAUCUCAACAUUCCACCUGCAGAGUUAGCAUGGAUGUUAAAGUUGGCUAUACUUCUACGCGUUAUUCCUCCAUUAGCGGUGAAGAUGCCUAUUGUACAUGUGCCAGAUCUCCGCAAUACUGUUAUGAUGGGAUUACACCCAUGUGGAGAUCUUGGCUCUAGUGUAUGUCAAUUGUUUACAUCUAGUCAAUCUCGUGGACUCUUACUUGUUAGUUGUUGUUGGCAUGCCCUCACGAAUAGUGGAUUUCCAUUGAGUUAUGAACUUUCAAAGUCCGGUUGGUGUACAGAACAGAUUUCUUUAUUACUCGCUACUCAACCACUUGAUAUGUGGGCGACGAUCUCUGCAAGUGGACACCGGAGUUCGGCUCGUUUACUUUUUUACCGUAGUCUUUUAAAACUCCUAUGGUAUCGUAUUCGCUAUGAAUGGCAGAAAAUAAGAAUGGAAAAGAAGAAGUAUUGCUGUUCUUUUGUAGAAGUGCCACACUUGGAGCCGGCCUUUCUGCGGCGAAUGGCGAAGAUAAAAGAUACCAUGACUCUGCAGACAUUAUAUACAGAAGUUUGUCAGGAGUAUCUUUCAGCAGAUAUAGGGAAGGAGAAGCAUAGCCCAAUAGAAGAAGAGAAAUCUCAACAAAACGAAGAAAAAGAAAAAGAAAAAGAAAAAAAGAUAGAUGUAUGUCCUUUCUGUCGUUCAGCACAAGUGGAGUUCCUGAAGAGUGAGUCUAAUAUAGCGUUAGCAGCAGAAAUGGAUAAAGAGUAUAUUUCUACACACUUUACAUCAUUUCUUGGUCUCACACUAUUACGAAUGUGGAUGUGUCAUCUUGUAGAGACACUUCUCUUGUUGGACCGUACAUUAUAUCUCACAGAGUCACUGCAGCGGGAU